UGGUUUUCUCGUCCUCCGCCAUCGAACUCCAACACAGACACCACAACGACUCCUCCACUCUCUCUCUCUCUCCGAUUUCGCUACCGAUCCUCCGCCGUGCUAGCCGCCGGAAUCUUCGAACGACGUCUUCCGUUCUCAGUUUCCGAUUUGACCCUGCAUUUCAACGAGUAAGUCUCUCUUCGUCCAUUUGCUGAGGCGUAUAUACACACAGACGUGUGUAUAUGUACACAUCUGUGUAUUCUUCAUGUCGAUUGGUUUUUUUCUGAGCUGAAUCGUGGAUGGGUCAUAAGAAGAAAAACCCCGCGCCUCGCCCCAAGCAAUCGCCGGCGGAUGCGGCGGCGGCGACGACGGCGACUCCUUCCAGUGCGGUGGAGUCCGACCCUUCCGAUAUUCCGGUCGGUGCGCUCAAUAGGCGCCAAGGUUCCCAACGCGGCGUGAGGACAGAACCGUCGGAUUCGGCUAAGGAGGUUUCGUCUUAUUCUGUGAUCAAGCUCGAGUGCGAGAAGGCGCUGACGUCAUUUCGGCGAGGGAGCUAUAACAAGGCGAUUCGGCUCAUGAAGGAAUCUUGCUCUCGCCACCAAGAUUCUGCCCUGAUCCACCGGGUUCAGGGCACUUUGUGCGUCAAGGUUGCUUCAGUCUACGAAGAUCCAGCUACUAAACAGAGGUUUUUGCGUAAUGCCAUUGAUUCGGCUAGAAAAGCUGUGGAACUUUCGCCCAACUCAAUUGAGUUUGGGCAUUUCUACGCGAACCUGCUCUAUGAGGCUGCCAAUGAUGGCAAAGAGUAUGAGGAGGUCGUGCAAGAGUGCCAACGGGCACUUUCGAUAGAGAAUCCGAUAGAUCCUGCUAAGGAGAGCCUUCAAGAUGAGAGUCAGCAGAAGAUAUCGUCCGCUGAGGCCCGUGUAGCUCAUGUUCAGGAUGAGCUCAGGUCGCUGAUACAAAAAUCUAAUAUAGCUUCAUUAUCCACAUGGAUGAAAAACCUAAGUAAUGGGGAAGAGAAGUUUCGGUUGAUUCCCAUUAGGAGAAUAGCUGAGGAUCCAAUGGAGAGUAGGUUGGUUCAGACCAGGAGACCAAAUGAGAUUAAGAAAGCUACUAAGACUCCUGAAGAGAGGAGGAAGGAGAUUGAAGUGAGGGUGGCAGCAGCUAGGUUGCUGCAGCAGAAGUCUGAGUCUUCUCCCCUACAGGAUGAAGGAAAUAGUAACAACAAGGUAUCAGAUUCGGCAUUAGGUUCUGGACAGAGAGGUGGGGAGAGGUCGAAGCAUGGGAACUCGAGGAAAAAUGGCUCCACAACUGAGAGGAGCGAUUGGGUUAGGUCGUACUGGGAUUCUAUGAGCAACCAAAUGAAGAGAGACUUGCUUAGGGUUAAGGUUAGUGACGUUAAGGGUCACUUUAGUUUGUUUAAGGAUGGACAAGCGAACGAGAUUAUUACCGAAGCUUUGUCCUUCUAUGAAUGUAACAAGACAUGGAGGUUCUGGGUUUGCUGCCGGUGCAAUGAGAAAUUUACGGAUGCUGAGUCUCAUAUGCAGCAUGUCGUGCAGGAGCAUAUGGGGAACGAGCUGCCGAAGAUGCAAGCGGUUUUGCCUCAAAGCAUUGACAAUGAGUGGAUUGAGAUGCUUUUGAAUUGCACAUGGAAACCAUUGGAUCUAUCAGCUGCAGUUCAAAUGCUUGGCAAUCGGCCAAAACGCCCAAAUUCUGAGCUUUAUGAGUUAAACUCUAGAGAUAACAUGGAUUGCAGUGACAACUGUUUCAAGGAUGCAUGGGAUUCUUCACCUGAGAAGGAAAACCUAGGGGUCGCUUGCAGCUUUAGAACCAGAGACAGCAGCAGCUGUGGCGAGAACUUCAAUGUUGGUGUUAAUGGGACUGAAGGGGAUCAGGUGUCAUUUUCAUUUCCUCCUGAUGGGUGGCCGUUAUCCAAUGAUCCUGAAUGUGCAAAGCUCCUGGAAAAAGUUCGUGCAGCAUUUGAGCUCCUUAUAAGAUACAAAUAUUUGGCCGCUAGCCAUCUUAACAAGGUCAUUCAGUUUACUCUGGAUGAACUUCACAAUCUAGCCUCUAGUUCACAGGUCUUGAACCGUGGUUUGGAGCAGUCACCCAUAUGCAUAUGUCUUUUGGGAGCUCCUCAGCUCAGGAAAAUCCUCAAAUUCUUGCAGGACCUGGCACAUUCCUGUGGAUUAAAUCGAUAUGAUAAAAGUACACCUAAUGAUGAUGUUAAUGGCAGUGGCCAAUGUUGUGAACUUGCAGAGGAGAUUCUUCUUGAUGGCGAAGGUUCAUAUCUCCUUCUGGAUGAAAAGUUGAUUGGCACCGAGUGUACCCAAGAGAAGGAUAUGGGCUCUGCCUCAGAUAGUGUAGCCACAGGAUGUUCCAGACGCAUUGCAAACGGAAACAGUGUCUCUUUUGGUGCAGAUGGAUUUCUUUCGUGGAUCUUCACAGGGCCCUCAAGCGGGGAACAGAUAGCGUCGUGGAUGCGUACAAAAGAAGAGAAAACGCGUCAAGGACUGGAGAUUAUGCAGGUUCUCGAGAAGGAGUUUUGUCACCUUCAGAAUCUUUGCGAGAGAAAAUGUGAGCACUUAAGCUAUGAGGAAGCGCUGCAGGUGGUUGAGGGUCUCUGUCUUGAAGAAGGCCGGAAGAGGGAGGCUUCAUCAGAAUUUGUCCGUGAUAGCUAUGACAUUGUGCUAAGAAAGCGGAGAGAAGAGCUGCUAGAAAGUGACCAUGAUUUGGUGUUCAUCAGUAAUAGGUUUGAGUUGGAUGCUUUGACAAAUGUUUUGAAAGAAGCUGAAUCUCUGAAUGCCAAUCAAUUUGGAUAUGAAGAGUCAUACGGCAGUGUGAGCCCUCAACUAUGCGAUCUGGAAUCUGGUGAAGCUGAUGAAUGGAGGAUGAAGGAUUCCUUGAAUCAGGCUGAUACAUUCAUAGAGAUCGCAAUUCAAAAACAGAAAGAACAAUUGUCUGCUGAGCUUAGCAAAAUUGAUGCACGGAUGAUGCGGAAUGUGACCGGGAUGCAACAAUUAGAGCUGAAGCUUGGACCUGUUUCCUCCAAUGAUUAUCAGACAGUGCUGCUGUCUUUGGUGAAGUCCUACAUGCGUGCACAUUUGGAGGCAUUGGCUGAAAAAGAUGCCACUGAGAAGUCUGAUGCCGCACGGGAGGCAUUUCUUGUGGAACUUGCUCUUGAUUCUAAGAAGGAUGUCAAAAGCAAGAAUGAUAAUUCAAGACAUGUACAGGAAAAGUCAAAGGAUAAGAAAAAGAAUAAAGAUAGCAGGAAAACAAAAGAUUCAAAGACUACUGUUGGCGGUGAGCAUCUUUUCAACAAUGAUUCAGUUGAGCACAGAUCUUCUCCAGUUGCAUCUUACAAUGAUCAUUCCAAGGCUGAAGGUGUUUCCGGAGCUGUUGAUACUUUGAAAGAAGAGGACGAGGAAUACAGACGCAAAAUUGAACUUGAAGAAGAGGCGAGAAAGCUUGAAGAAACUCUAGAGUAUCAGAGGCAAAUAGAGAAUGAAGCUAAACAGAAGCACCUUGCUGAACAACAGAAGAAAUACAACUCUCCAGUUCCAUUGAAGGAUGCUGAUGCAGCCUAUGAUACUGUCUCUGACGAUUUAGAUGUCCAAGAACAAGAAAAAUCCAUUAGUGAGGAGAAUUGGAUUCUGAAUAAUGGGUUACUUGAUAACUUGGAAGGCCCCACAGUGAAUACAAAUGGUAUUUUGCAGCCAAUUAAUUCAUCUGUGGCUUAUGAUGCUGAAAGGGUGCAGCAUGGAAAAUCUCCAAAAGCAAUGGCUAAUGGAACAGCUACUCAGGCUGGUAUUUUGCAAUCUGAUCAACGGGCGGGAAGGAGGAGUAGACGCCAAAAAGUUUCUAACAAGUUGGUUGAUGGAAAAUAUCAGGUCACACCUCUUGAGAAGGAAAAUGGUGAUUCUUGUAAACCCGGGACUGGGGGUCAUGAGAGACCGUCAGAAAUUAUACUCAGAAAUGGUGAUGUUGGAACAAAAACGUUGAGACAAUUACAAGCUGAAGAGGAUGAAGAGGAAAGGUUCCAGGCUGACCUUAAAAAAGCAGUGCGCCAAAGCCUUGAUACUUACCAGGCGCUAAGAAAAAUGCCAUCAAGUGUGAGGACACCUGAGAGAACAGCUCUGGAAUUAAACAAUGAUGUGCUUAAACCUGAUGUGAUCGUGGGAGAAAAGACUCAGGAUUCCGUACAUUCGGACGUAUUUGGUACUGGUCUUCAAAAUGAAGUUGGAGAGUACAAUUGCUUUCUGAAUGUUAUCAUACAGUCUCUAUGGCAUUUGAGACAGUUUCGAGCUGAAUUCUUACGGAGAUCAACUCUAGAUCAUCAUCAUGUGGGAGAUCCUUGUGUUGUCUGCGCGCUGUAUGAAAUUUUCACAGCUUUAAGCGCUGCUACAUCUGAAACACGGAAAGAACCUGUGGCCCCUACAUCACUCAGGAUAGCUUUAAGCAACCUAUAUCCAGAGAGCAGUUUCUUCCAAGAGGCUCAGAUGAACGAUGCAUCAGAAGUACUUGCAGUAAUCUUCGACUGCCUUCAUCGGGCAUUUGCUCAAGUGUCAAGUGUUUCUGACACAGAAUCUUCUGAAAGCAACUGUAUGGGUUCAUGGGACUGCACAAACCGCACAUGUAUUGUCCAUUCUCUGUUUGGAAUGGACAUUUUUGAACAAAUGAAUUGCUUCAGCUGUGGGCUGGAGUCCAGGCAUUUGAAGUACACUUCCUUUUUCCAUAACAUCAAUGCUAGCGCUCUACGCACCAUGAAGGUUAUGUGUGCAGAAAGUUCAUUCGAGGAACUUCUAAAUUUUGUCGAGAUGAACCAUCAACUAGCUUGUGAUCCUGAAGCUGGUGGGUGUGGGAAACCCAACUAUAUCCACCACAUUCUCUCGACACCACCACAUGUUUUUACAACCGUUAUGGGCUGGCAAAACACUUGCGAAACUGCAGAAGACAUAGUAGCUACUCUGGAAGCCUUGAAUACGGAGAUAGACAUCAGCAUCAUGUACCGUGGUUUAGACUCUAAGAACACCUACAGCUUAGUUUCAGUGGUGUGCUAUUACGGACAACAUUAUCAUUGUUUUGCAUACAGUCAUGACCAUGAUCGAUGGGUCAUGUAUGAUGACAAAACCGUCAAGGUGAUUGGUAAAUGGGGAGAUGUACUCUCCAUGUGCGAGAGAGGGCAUUUACAACCGCAGGUUCUUUUAUACGAGAGACGGUAAACAAACAAACAUUUCCAUGUACGAUACGACGCAUCAUUCGGUAGUCCCACCAUUCCAGAGGGAGGACUGAAUUCAGGUUCUGUAUCAACCAUCUGAUGAAUCCCUUGCACUGUGCGAUCUCGUCCUACAAGCUGAGAAUGGUGAAGUCUGCAAGUACAAACAACGACAACAAAAAAGCAAGUAAGUACCUCUUUUUUCUAUAUGUAGGAACAGAAACUCGAGAACAAGGAAGCGGGAUUGUUGUGAUUUAUAUAACAUUAAGUAUGUUUCCGCCACCACCGAUCUCUCCGGUCUGGAAAGAAGGGUUGGUGAUGGGGGUGGGUGGAGGGAGAUAAAGAAAGAAGUUUUGUCUGGAUAAAGUAGCAACAGUCGAUUCAGUGGAAGAGUUUAAUGUUUUAGGAUCACUCUCUCUAUCCAUAGAAAUCUACACACCCUUUUGUUACUUUAGGGUUUUUGUUUUUGGUUUUAUCUUCGCUUGAGCUGAAUAAGAAGGCAAGCCCGGAAAUGUAACAGGAAAAGGGUUUUGGAAAGUGGACGAAUUUGUUAUCUGUACAGAUCAUAUGAUCCAUAUGACCUUGUGGGUAAAUGUAAGAGGCUUCUCGUUUGAGCCUUGUUUUUUGGUUUUUAA